AUGGUUAUUAAAAAGGUCUUUGAAGAUUUUUAUCGUGAAAACUUUUUAAUGAUAAGAGAUAGCUUUUAUAGGAAUUAGUAUUUUAGUUUUGGAUUGAUAUUGUUUUAAACCUUUUAGAUAUAGGGAAUAUUUCUUAGCGAAAAUAAUUUUGAACCAUAAAAAGAUGAAAAGAAAAGAGGAAUAAUGGAUGCAAUAAUUUGGAUUUUAAAAGCAUCAAAGUAAUUAUUGAAAUUAGAAUAUUAGAAUAUAUCCUAUAUUUCAAUCUGAAACAAACUUAAGUCAAAUAUAUUUUAUAGAUGUUUGUUUCUUAAUUAUUCUAAUUGUGAUUUCUCUUAUUAAUUUAAUUCUUGUAUUUAAAAAUAAUAGUUAACAGAAAUAAUCAAAUUAGAAAAUAAAUGGAUUAUUUUCUUUAAAAUUUUCAGAUUUCCCCAUUAAAGUAUAUAAAUUUUAUUAAUAUGUAUAGUUGUAAACUAAAUAAUAUUUUCAUGUAAAUUUUAUCAAAUACAUAACUAAUACAAUAUCAUUCUUUUUGUAAACAUAUAAAUAUGUGUUCCAUUGGAUAACAAUUUAUUGUUCAUUAAAUAUUUUUUACAGUUAUAUUGCAGAUGAUCAAUAAGCUAAUCAAAGUAAGUUCAAAUUUUAAAUUAGAUUGGAUUUAUACAUAAGGUAUAAUUGCUUCAAUAUUUGUCUUUUUAUUUUUUCUAUUCCUUGAUAUUUUUAUAAUGUUUCAUUGUUUUGAUUAUAAAUUUAAAAAUAAAGAUUAUUUAGGAAAAAAAGAAACUGGAUUAGAAUUAUUAUAAAAUAUCUACAUCUAUGCAUGCAUAAUUAUUAUAAUAUUUACUAAACAAUAAUACCCAAAUUUACAAUUAUUAUUAGGACUUUUUUGUAAUUUGUUUUUAUUACUUUUAAGUACUCUAUAAAUAUUAUUUAGAAGACAAUAAAUAAAUACUUUUUAAUCAUUUAUUUUGGGUCAAUUUAUAUUUAUUUAUAUUGCAGAAAUUUGUUAUAUUAAUAAUUUAUUUCCUAUAGAUUUUAUUAAUUUAUUGGUUUUUAUAUCAUCUCCUAUUAUAAUAGGAGUAUAAUUAAUUAUUAGAAGAGAAUAACUUAAAUAUCAUUUUGCUGUAAAUCUUAAGGAUUCAAAAAAUCUAGAAUAAAAAUUAAGAAUUAUGUAUGAUUUGAUUAAAAUGACUUAUUAUAAGGAUUGGAGAACAUUUAAAAAACCUAUUAUUAGAACUCAUAUUUCUCUUUAAUUACAUAGUGUAGCAGCUAAUCAUUUAAGAAAUUGUUCAGGUUAUUAAAUAGAUGAAAGUUAAAGUUUACAAUAUAAUUUUACUAGAUAAUGUUUUUGUAAACAAUACUUUUAAUAUAGUGAAUAGAAAUCUAUUACAUUUUGGAAAAGAGAUUUAGAUCAUGAAGCAGAAAAGAAAUAUUUUGCUUUUACUAAUGAAAAAUAAUUUAAAUAAUUUUUAUUUGAUUUAAUUAGAUAUUAUUUUGAAAGAUUUUUAUAAAAUAAAUCAAUAAUGGAAAAUAAUGAAUAAUUUUCUUAUAUUUAUUUCCUAUUUUAAAUAUAAAAGAAACCAACAAAAGCAUUUUAUGAAGCUAUGAAUUUAAAAUUUAAAGUAAAAAAAUUAAAUUAAAAGAGAGCAAUGAUAAUUGAAUAAUUAAUUUAAGAUGCAAAACAUAAUUUUAAUUAAAUGAUUGAAAAAAAAGAUUUAAAAAAUUAAAAAUACAAUUUUAAAUAAGUUUUUGAUUUUGAUUAAAAUCUUGAUACUUCUAAAUAAAACUUUUAAAUUAUACUUACAAAUUAUAAGAAAUGGUAUUAUCAAUUAUUAAAUUAAUAAUUAUAAUUAUAAUCUAUUAUAAAAAAAGGAACUGAAUUAUAAUUAUAAAUUUAAGUCUUAGAAAAAUAAUUAUCCUAAUUAUAUUAAUUAAAUCCUGUUUCAACUGAAUUAGAUACUAUCAUUUAUUUAUUUUAUAAAUACUUAAAUUUUAAUAUAAAAAGACCUAAAACAACAAAAAGAAAUUCUCCAUAUGCUAACUAAUUUGUAUAAUCAAUCAAUUAAUAAGUAUUUUAAAGAGAUUCAUGUAUAAUUUAUAUUUCAUUAAUGAAUUAAAGAGGUUCAAUAUAAAAUUAUACUAAAUCAUUCAAAACUAUUAUUUUAGGUAAUGAUUCAGAUAUUAAAUAUUAAAAUAUAAAACAUUUCAUGCCUGAUUCAAUUGCUCAACAUCAUGAUAUGUAUUUAGAUAAUUUUAUUGAAUUUGGUAGAAUGAAUAUUGUUAUGGCUGAAUAAAGAUUUUUAAUAUUAAAAAAUAAAGAAUCUUUUAUAAUUCCAGUUUAUGCUAAGGUUAGAUUAGAGAAUUAUUCAAAUAGUGAUUUUGGAUCAUCAGCAUUAAUCACUUAAAUAAAUUAAUAGAAUUAUUAUAUAGUAAUAAGUAAAUUUGGAAUGUUGGAAGAAAUAUCAUAAAAUUUUUAUGAAGAUAUUAUAAAGAAAACUUUUAAUUGUCCACCUACUUAAUUGAAGAAUUUAAAUUUUCUUAGAAUGAUGCCAUGUUUAUUAAGAGAUUUAUAGAAACUUGAAUAAACUUAAAAAAAUAAUACUGAAAUUGAUUUUGAAUUUUUAUAAUAGAGUAAAGACAAAAUAAAUUAUGAUAUUAUGAAAGAAGGACAUAUUCUAAUACCUAGAUAAUUUAAUUUAACUGAAUAUAUAUAAUUACUUAAGACUAGUGUAAUUGGUGAUGCUCAAACAUAUUUUAUAUAAGAAUAAUAGAAAUGUCAUCUUUAUUAUUAGAAUGUUUAACAUUAUUAUAUAUUUUAUGUAAAAUAUAAAAUAAGAUUAAUGAAGACUAUAAAUUCAUUACAUAUAAUUUUAGAUAUCUAAAAUCUUAAGAUGAUAAAAUCUGAAUAAUAAUAAAAGGUUUUAAAAUUAGUUUAAAAUCUUUGUAAUAUUGAUGGUUAACCUAUUACAAAAUAAUAAUAAACUCCAAAAAUAAAUUAUUUUAAUUAAGAUUCUGAAUAUAAGGAAAACUUAUAUAAAGAUAAUUUUGAUUUAUUUAGAAAAUCUUAAUCAUCUGAAUUUUUAGAAAAGAAAUAUUGUGAUAUAGAUUAGAAUUUAAUGAUAGAAGAUGAUGUGAUGAUUACUUAAAAAUAAAGAAAUAUUGAAGAUUAUAAUCCAUUUUCAAAAAGAGAAUAAAUAUCAUUAACUUUAGAUUCAAAAUCAAAAGAUAAUCAAUAAUUAUUAUAAAUGGAAUUUGAAAAUUCAAAAUAAUAUUAAAGAUAAAAUAGUUUCUAAUUAGUAUCUAAAAAUCAUAUAGAAGAUAUGGAUAUUUCUAAUAAGAAUUCUAAGGAUUCAAUUGAUUCUAGUUCUGAUCAUAAAAGUAAUAAUUAAAUUGCUAUUCAUUAAAAUGAUGGUGGUAGUUCAAUUGGUAGUUCUUAAUAAUAAUCAGAUUAUCUUAGUAAAAGAAGAAUGAUUAAAGAUGUUUUAUAUUCAGAUCAUCAAUUCUAAAAUAAUACAACCAAAUAAAGUAUAUUAAUCUUAGGAUUACUUUUAUUAAUAAUUGUAUAUGUUCUCAAUCUUGUAUUUAUAAUUAUUACUUAAGAUGUAUUUUAUUCUAUAUAAAUUAGAAAUUAAUUUUGAUUGAAACAAAUAAACAUGUUUCCAAAAAUAUUGAAUGUUCUUUUAAUCUUUUCAUUUUAUCAAAUUAAUAUAAAUAAAUAUUGAAUUAAAAUGAAAUAGAUGUAUCAUGGUAUAAUUAGAUAUAAAAUAUCUCAAUUAAUAAUUACUAAUAAUAUUUAUAAGUCAUAUUGAAUGAAUAAAAUAGUAUAGUAGAGUAAUCAAGUUUUAAUUAAUAAUGUAUAUAUUUUAUAUAUUUAAGAAAACAUAAUAUUUAAACAAAAUAAAUAGACACUAUUAUUGGAUUAAUUAUUCAUAUAUAAAUUGAUAGGUUAAUAAAUGGUUGAUUAUAUUAAAAAUGAUGAAAUUAAUAAUAAUAAUAAUAAUAAUAAUAUAGAAUUUAUAAUUGAUAAUUAUUUGAUAAUUAUUAAUGAAAUGUUAUCAAAAUUUAAUACAUCAAUUACUUAUAACAUUAAUGAAUAAAUUGAUUUUAUUUAUACCGAGCAUUAAUUAACUAUAAUAUUAUCAGAAGUAACAUUAAGUUUAUUAGUAAUUAUAUUAUUACCUGUAUUUUUGGUAAUCAAUAAAUAAAAGAAUACUAUUUUAUAAUUCUUUACUACAUUCCCAUAAUCAGAAUUAUAAUAAUAAUUUGAUGUUUAUUAAAUAUUAUUGGAUAAAUUAGAAGAAUCUAAAUUUGCAUAAUAAGAAACAAAUCAAUAUGAUAUUGAAAGUGUUCACAUUAAGAAGUUUGCCAAAACUAUAAAAGGACUCAAAGAUUCCAAUCAUAAAAAAUAAUAACAUGGAAAAUUGAAAACCAUUAUUGGAUCUAGUAAACUUAUUUAUAUACUAUAUAGAUGCCACUCCUUUAAUAAUAUUUAGUAUCUUUUUAGUAUUACUAUUAUUUUCAAUAGUAUCAGCUUACUUUAUAACUUCAUAUAUGAUUAAAUUUUAAUUUUUAAAUGAAUUUCAAAGUUACUUUUAAUAAAAUACAAUUUAUAGCACUUUAUAAAAUGAAAUUUUAAAAGAAAAUUCCAUCUAAAAUAUUAUUAUAAAUCAUUUGAUUAAUUAAAAAACAAUAGAUAUAAAUGAUAGUACAAGUAAAUUUUUAUUAUAUAAAAUAGUCUUAUAAUUGAUAUAGUAUUAAUAAGAAAAUUAAAAUAUUGCAUUAAUUUAUUAUUCAUAAGAAUUAACAGAUAUAUUAAAUAAUGAUGAAACACAAAUAUUUGAAAUAUUGUCUAAUAACUUUUGUGCCAUCUUUGAUAGUCUAUUAAUAUAGCAUUUAUCUAAUUAAUAAUUUUUAGAGUAUUUCUCUUAUGAAAUUUGUGAAUCAUUUGGUAAUUAAUAAUCUGGAGUUAGUGUUACUUUGGCUAAUUUUAUCAAUCAAAUGAAUUAAUUUUAUGAAACUCUAUCAAUUUUUUAAUGUAUAUAUAUAUAUAUUAAAUUAAUUAGAAUCAAAUUUAGAUCCUUAAAAUUUAAAUUAGGAAGUAUUAUUAUUGUACAAUAAAGAAUUAUAAGAGAUAUUUAUUUAUUUAACAUUUGUUCUUCAAGUAAUAUCUGAUUAUGAAGAUUAUUAAUUAAAAAAUAGUAUUGAUAGUCAUUUUGUGACUUAAAUAAUCAUAUUUGUGGUUGGAGCUACUUUUGUAAGUGUUUUUACUUUUAUAACAGAGAAAUGUUUCAAAAAUUUAAUUUCUAAUUAGAUUAAUUAAUCAAAAUUAUUAUUAACUUUAAUUCCAUUUGAAGUAUUAUAAACAAAUGCUUAUGUGAUGACUUAUGUAUUACAGGAAUCUAAGAAAAUAUAUUUGUGA